AUGGCUCGUUUAACGCAAUCUUACGAAAACCGAGUUAAAGCUCCAGAUCGAUUGGAUCGAUCAGUAAAAUGCCCGAAACUAUAUGGUAUCGUAGAACUCGAGAUCGAAGUAACGGAAUUGCUGGAAAAUAUUUCGAUCGCCUUACAUUAUUUACAAAAACUUGAUUUAUUUUCUGCGACUAAUAAUGAAUUACAAAUUUUUCAAAAAGAUAUCUCAGCACUGAUAGACGCUGUCACAAAUCUCAAGCAUAAAAUACAGAAAACAUUCAAAGACGUCACUUUCCAGGAAGAUAUCCAAGGUUUCACAUCAAGCAGAGACAAUAUUCUUGUGCCAACUUCAAGAGAAAUGACAGAUAAAACAUGGCGCAAUAUUCAAGAAAUUAAAGAAGUUGAUGAUAAACAAAGUGAUCCUGUCGCUUUUAAUCGUCGCUUCGCAGCUGGUUCUUCCACCAUUGCUUCUGAAAGACAAAAUCUUCCACAGAUCACAAAAAAAGAGAGAAAAAAAAAUAAAAUCGAAGGGAAACAAACGAAUCUUAAAAGAACUGAUCCAAAUAUCUUCGAAGAGAUUAUUCAAAAUUCCGAAUAUAAAAUCAUUCAGAAUCGAAACAGUCAAUAG